AUGUCACUUGACGAAACGUUUUUGCACGUUUGCAUACUUACUACUGGUGACUACCAUAUCGUAGAAUUUGUUCACUGUUCACCUAAAAGAAGCUCAGGAAAUGUUUGCCGAAACAUCGAAACUGAUGUCUUCCUCCUGUAUAGUUGGCAUCUUAAUAUGUAUUUAUGCAUUACAUGUGGAGCAUUCAAAGGAAUCAAACAAAGAGUACCGUGCAUUUUGUGA